CUAUAAAUCGCUGCUCACCCACGCCCCAGACAAACCACACAGCUUACUUCCCUUUCCCAACAUACUUCUCGGGCCUUCUCCGCCAGCUUUAGCGAGCCUGGUGGUGAGCUGAGUCCCUCGCCCGCCAUGGCCUCCACCAAGCUCAGCUUCAAGAGGAUGGACAGCGUCGCCGAGACCAUGCCCGACGCGCUGCGGCAGAGCCGCUACCAGAUGAAGCGGUGCUUCCAGCGCUACGUGUCCAAGGGCCGCAGGCUCCUCAAGAACCAGCAGCUCAUGGAGGAGCUGGAGAGGUCGCUCGACGACAAGGUCGAGAAGGAGAAGCUCGUCGAAGGCUUCCUCGGCUACAUCAUUUGUUCCACCCAGGAAGCGGUAGUGCUGCCGCCAUUCGUUGCGUUCGCUGUCAGAAUGAACCCCGGCAUCUGGGAGUACGUCAAGGUCCAUGCCGAUGAUCUGUCGGUCGAAGGGAUCACGCCAUCCGAGUACCUCAAGUUCAAAGAGACGUUAUACGAUGAGAAAUGGGCCAAGGAUGACAACUCGCUGGAGGUUGAUUUCGGCGCUCUUGACCUCUCAACGCCACGUCUGACACUUCCCUCAUCCAUAGGGAACGGGAUGCAGUUUGUCUCCAAGUUCAUGUCUUCAAAGCUGAAUGGCAAGCCUGAAAGCAUGAAGCCGUUGCUCGACUAUUUACUCACUCUGAAUUACCGCGGCGAGAAGCUGAUGGUUAACGACACAAUCGACACGGUGAACAAGCUUCAGACGGCGCUGCUCCUUGCAGAAGUUUUUGUUAGCGGGCUGCCAAAAUUCACACCAUAUUUGAAAUUUGAACAAAGAUUUCAAGAAUGGGGAUUGGAGAAAGGGUGGGGUGAAAAUGCUGAGACGUGCAAGGAGACACUGAAUUUCCUAUCUGAAGUGCUCCAGGCACCGGAUCCUAUCAACAUGGAGAAGUUCUUCAGCAGGGUUCCAACCAUAUUUAACAUUGUUGUCUUCUCUAUCCAUGGUUACUUUGGCCAGGAGAAGGUUCUAGGCUUGCCAGACACCGGCGGUCAGGUUGUCUACAUCCUGGACCAAGUCAGGUCCAUGGAAGAGGAGCUUCUGCAAAGAAUCAAGCUGCAGGGUUUGCAUAUAACACCAAAGAUUCUUGUGCUAACAAGACUGAUACCAGAUUCCAAAGGCACAAAGUGUAAUGUGGAGCUCGAACCAGUUGAAAAUACAAAAUAUUCACACAUACUACGUGUGCCGUUCAAGACUGAAGAUGGGAAGGAUUUGCGCCAGUGGGUUUCCCGGUUCGACAUUUACCCUUACCUAGAGAGAUAUGCUCAGGAUGCCUCUGCCAAAAUUCUUGACAUUCUAGAGGGCAAACCAGACUUGAUCAUUGGCAACUACACUGAUGGCAACUUGGUGGCGUCCCUCAUGUCAAGCAAACUAGGAGUCACACAGGGAACGAUUGCGCAUGCUCUCGAAAAGACGAAGUAUGAGGACUCGGAUUCCAAGUGGAGAGAGCUGGACCAGAAGUACCACUUCUCCUGCCAAUUCACUGCUGAUAUGAUCGCCAUGAACACUACUGACUUUAUCAUCACUAGCACAUACCAAGAAAUCGCUGGAAGCAAAGAGAAGCCUGGCCAGUAUGAACACCACUAUGCAUUCACAAUGCCCGGCCUUUGCCGCUACGCCACGGGCAUCAAUGUCUUCGACCCGAAGUUCAACAUUGCUGCACCUGGCGCCGAUCAGUCCGUCUACUUCCCCUUCACACAGAAGCAGAAGCGGCUGACAGCUUUACACCCACAGAUUGAGGAGUUGCUGUACAGUAAGGAGGACACUGAUGAACACAUAGGGUAUCUGGCAGACAGAAGUAAGCCAAUCAUCUUCUCGAUGGCGAGGCUGGACAAGGUGAAGAACAUCACUGGACUAGUCGAGUGGUAUGGUCAGAACAAGAAGGUCAGGGACCUCGUGAACCUCGUCGUCGUUGCAGGCCUCCUGAAUGCUGCACAGUCCAAGGACCGGGAAGAGAUAGACGAGAUCAACAAGAUGCACAAUUUGAUCGACAAGUACCAACUGAAAGGACAGAUUCGCUGGAUCAAGGCUCAGACUGACCGUGUCCGUAAUGGCGAGCUGUACCGUUACAUUGCAGAUACAAAGGGUGCAUUUGUUCAGCCUGCUCUCUAUGAAGCAUUUGGGCUAACAGUCAUCGAGGCGAUGAACUGCGGGCUGCCAACCUUCGCAACAAACCAAGGAGGGCCGGCAGAGAUCAUCGUUGAUGGUGUCUCGGGUUUCCACAUAAACCCAAUGAACGGCAGGGAGGCAGGCACCAAGAUUGCAGACUUCUUCCAGAAGUGCAAGGAAGACCCAGGCUACUGGAACAAGGUGUCCACUGCCGGGCUUCAGCGCAUCUAUGAAUGCUACACAUGGAAGAUUUACGCAACCAAGGUGCUGAACAUGGGGUCAAUGUAUGGCUUCUGGAGGACUCUGAACAAGGAAGAGAGAGUGGCGAAACAACGCUACAUGCAGAUGUUCUACAACCUUCAGUUCAGGAAUCUGGUGAAGACCGUCCCCAGAGUAGGUGAGCAGCCUCCAAGACCCGCGACCACGACAGGCGCAGCGGCGGAGCGUAACCAGAUCGUGGCAAGGCCGAGAGAAAGGCAAAAAGCCACAGGGUCGGGUCCAAAGGAUGAUGACCAGCCUGCUCGGGCCGAAGCCGCCGACGUAUGAGCAGAAUGGCUACAGAUGAACUAUGAUUGGUACUCUGGAGCAAGAUGUUCGCAGCUUCGAUUCGUUCCAUUGAUGCCAUAGUGUGAGGUGAUUGGUGUGGGAUUUGUAUACGUGUGGUGUGUGGGUCUUUAUUGUAUCGGUUGUUGCUUGGAGACAUGUAACAAAGAUCAAAAGUGCCCAUGGCAACAGCUGAUAAUAAUACAAUGAUUGAAGAUUUGUUCUA